CCAUCGAAUCUCCUCAACUUGGAGUUCCAAAGAUCUGAAUUGUCUCCAAAUUUGGCGCCAGAUUUCGGGGUUUCCUGCGCCAUGGGCUUCUAGGGUUCUUGCUGCUUCCUCCUGUCAGUUCCUGACGUUUUCAUGGAGGAAGAAAAAGCAGCGGCGUACUUCGAUGAUCUCACCCGGAGAGGUGAGGGAGCGGCGAGGUUCAAGCAGGGUUUGGGAUACUCCGCCGGAUCCUCCUCCUCCCCAUCGUUUGUCAAAGCCUCCGGUUCAUUCUCUUUGAGCAACUUUGUGUCCGCGUCGACCCGCGAAACCGAGGCUGAUAUCGAGAAGGAAUGCCGGAUUGAGAGGAUUCAAGACAAACUCAGGCGGAAGGAUUCGGCUUCCGACAAGGGCCGCGGAUUUGCGGAGCGUCAGCGUCUGUCGGGGUCGCGGGACUCGGAUGAGCGUAAUUUUGGGGAGUCGAGAAGGCAGAGGAGGAGGAGUCGGUCGAGGAGUUACUCGUCUGGGGAAGAGAGCGGUCGUGGGAGGUCUGGUCAUCGGCAUCGUUCCGGUUAUAGGGCUUCAGAAGAUCGGAGGACGGAAAGGGAGCAGAGUCCGGAUGAAGCAAGAAGGCGGAGGAGGAGGACAAGUCGGUCGAGAAGUUACUCCCCAGAUAGAGGGAGCAGCCGCCAUAGAUCAGAUUACCGCCGUACAAAUGGUAGUUCAGAGUCUUAUCGCAGGAGCCGUGAUGAUUCUGCUUAUAGAGGAAGGCGGCGGGGAAGUCGGAGUUGUUCUCCCAGGGAAAAGAAGAGGUCAGAAACCAGAAAAGUUGAUGGAAAGGCCGAUAUUGAUUAUUCACGAUUGAUCGAGGGCUACGAUAAGAUGGCCCCAGCGGAAAGAGUGAAAGCAAAGAUGAGGCUUCAACUGUCACAAACUGUUUCAAAAGAUUCUACAAAGGGGAUGAGCAAGGAGUGGGAACGAUUUGACUUCAACAAGGACGCACCAUUGGAUGAUGAGAAUUUGGAAGCUUCAGCUGAAGAAGAUGAUUCAGGAUUGCUAAAAGAUGUGGGGCGAAAUUUUCGAUUUGCUGCUGUGGAGGCAAAUCGCGAGGCUGAUAUCCAGGCUGCUCACGACAAUGCCAUUUUUGGGGUGCCAACAGCUGCCUCUGCUCCUGAAGGGGAAGUGAGGGGCCUUAACAGCAGUAUUUCUGAAGAGGACAGGGACAACAGCGUGUCAAAGGAUGAGGAUAAAAGCAACCUGUUCUCUGUCGUGAACGAAAAAGUUCUUGCACUGCAAGGAGGUUCAUGGCGUGAUCGUGCACGGAAGCUUCAAAAUAGAUAACUAUUGGUGGCAUCGAAGUGGGUAGAUACUCAAGGGUGGAUGCUACUAUGGGGCUCAUAAAACACACUUCGUAGACCAGUCUUAGCCAAAGCCUAAUUGAGCUUCUAAGACUUCUGCUCUAGGUCUGGUUCAUUUGUUUGCUUUGUGAUGUAAUCCAUGUCUGGGAUCCUUAAAUCAUAAAACAAAGAAAUAGGCCUCGUGAGUGGCUUUGUAUUUCUAGAGUAAAGCCUGAUCACACGAGUUUAAUCUUAGGAUGGAGUCCUGAACCUGGUUUCUAUACUUUCAUCAUGGUGGGAUAGGAGGAGGUGGGCCUGGUCGGGGGCUUGGUUUCACCUUGGACAGCAGUAUACCUGAUGUACUUUGUUCUUUCUCUGGCCUUAGUUUUGGCUGGUCCGGGGGCUAGGUUGGCCCAGCUGCUGGGGUUUGAGAAGUUUGUCUUGGCUGCAGGACUGGUGUUUGUAUCCAUGUGUUUUUCUUUGUAAUAUUCUCAGGGCUUCGACCUUCAAGUACAUGUCUCGAGACUCUUGCCCUAUGUUCAUAAGAACUAUGCAUGCUUUUCAAAUAUGGAAUGUAAUCUACCAUCUCUCUCUC